UUCAAGAUGUCAGCGCCCAUGAUCUUUAGAUCUACCCAAAGUUGAAGAAGGAAAAACUUAACAUCGUUUUGCGAGACAAGGGUUUUAACAAUGUCUAGACUGGAAUGUGUGUCAGUCUUAGAAGGUCACCAGGACCGGGUGUGGUGUGUCAAGUGGAACCCCUCUGGAACUAUUUUGGCUUCAUGUGGGGGUGAUAAGACUGUCCGCAUCUGGGGCCUAGAGGGGGACAAGUGGGUAUGUAAGACAGUUCUAGAAGAUGGCCACCAGAGAACAGUCAGGUCUGUUGCGUGGUCUCCAUGUGGGAACUAUCUAUCUACUGCAAGUUUUGAUGCUACCACAGGGAUCUGGAGUCGCAAAGAGGGAGAAUUUGAGUGUAUAGCUUCUCUUGAAGGUCAUGAAAAUGAGGUCAAGUGUGGGGCAUGGUCUCCAGGUGGCAGCCUCCUGGCAACAUGUAGUCGUGACAAAAGUGUGUGGAUAUGGGAAGUGACAGAGGAUGAGGAGUAUGAGUGUGCCAGUGUCCUGAGUUCCCAUACCCAAGAUGUAAAGUGUGUUACCUGGCACCCAAACAAGGAGAUCCUUGCCUCCUGUAGCUAUGACAACACCAUCAAACUCUUCAAGGAGGACACUGAUGACUGGACCUGCUUUGCCACCAUGGAAUCCCAUGAUUCCACCGUAUGGAAAAUAUGCUUUGAUAAAUCUGGAUCGAGACUUGCAUCCUGUAGUGAUGACCAGACAUUGAAGAUAUGGCAGGAGUACCCCCCAGGUAACACGGAGGGAGUGGCUACCACUGGUACUGAUCCAACAUGGAAAUGUGUGUGUACCCUUUCCGGAUACCAUAACCGUGUCAUCUACGAUUUAGACUGGUGUCACCUGACUGGUCACAUAGCUACAGCAUCUGGAGAUGAUGCUAUACGGGUUUUUGUGGAGGAACCGAAUUCUGACAAAAAUCAGCCUGAUUUCCGACUGGAAGUGACAGUUAACAAAGCCCACAGCCAGGAUGUGAAUUCUAUUUCAUGGCACCCUAAGGACCCUCAGUUACUAGCUUCCUGUAGUGAUAAUGGGGAGGUUAAAUUGUGGAAAUACUCAAAAGGCUGAAUUUUUAAUCUAUUCUUCAUAUGGUCAUUAGGAUUCAUUAAGAUUCUUUAUUCCCCAGCACCAUCAAUAAUGUUUAUAAAAUAGUUUUGCUGGUAUGUUUUGCUGUAACUAUAAUAAAAUGGCUUUAGUGUUGAAGGUACAGUGCACUUUAACAUGAAUAGCUUGAACAUUAGAAAAAUCUAUUUUGAUUGUGACUGUCCAAGAAUAAUUAAAUAAUGCACUGCUUAGACUGACCAUUUUGUAGCAGGAUUGAUCUUGCUAAACUGUGUAUUGUCUCGUAGUAUUGUAGUUACCUCACUGAUGACAACAGUCAAGAUGAAUGUAUGUGUCUUAAUAUGCAGAGCUACAUUAUGUUCAGUUGAAAUAUAAAAUGGACAGAUGAAAGAUAUUUUGAUUGACAGGGACAGGUCACAUCUGCAUGUAUGAUUGAAUAUGCAACAGAUGGUCAGACUGCCUGUAUGUGUUCAUAAUAGACUUAUAUAAUAUAAAUUUGUAAAAAAAAAUGUGAUAAUACAAGCUUUUGAGGAAAAUAGACUUCAAAAAGGAUUAACAAUGCUUGUGAUUUGUUCAUAAAUGGUUCGAUACAUGAUGGCAGUACAUUUUGAGAAAUGUUAAAGAGUUUUAUAUGUCACGAAGAAAGAAUCUUCAAUUCAAGAUUGAAAUUUAUUGUCAGGAAAAAGCAGCUUAAUUGAUAUCCCAGUUCUAUCCCAACAGUUAAAAAUAAAGUUAUUACUGAUUAUCCACAUUAACUGUUAACCAUUAACUUAAUUUUGUUGUCUAUAUUUGAAUCCCACAGAGACUUGACACCAAUUCCAAUCUGUCGGACGAUGUGUCUUAUAUAUGUGAUAUACUGAUAUACUGUCUUGCUUUAAAUCAGAAUAAGUAUGAUUAUGUUUAUGAUUUUAAUAACAUUCAAAUAAAAUCAUUCACAGUUAUUAAAA